AUGCUGGGCGAGGAAGGAGAGGGCGGCGCCGUUGAGCACAGCUGCAUUGUGCGCCUGGCAGGAUGGGCGAGGGAAGCAGUUGCAGGAGGAUGGCAGGAUGGGCGAGGGAAGCGGUUGCAGGAGGAUGGCAGGAUGGGCGAGGGAAGUGGUUGUAGGAGGAUGGCAGGAUGGGCGAGGGACGUGGUUGCAGGAGGAUGGCAUGGGUUGAACGAGCAUGAGAGGUUGAAAGAGCUUAAGCGGUUGAGAUGUGCUGUUGAAAGAGGUGGGAAUGCUUGCGUUAAGCAAGAAUGGGAUGUUCGAUAUUGCAUGGGGAGGAGAGAUGGGAAAGAUCGAUGUGAUAAGAAGCAGACAUGCACAGACAAACGCACGCCCCUUAUCACAGCUGCCACACGUGAAAGGCAUGAACGCCCUUUUCAGGGAGAACAAGGGGAAGGGGAGAAGAAAGGGGAGAAGAAAGGGGAGAAGAAAGGGGAGAAGAAAGGGGAGAAGAAAGGGGAGAAGAAAGGGGAGAAGAAAGUCAAGAACAAAGGGGAGAACAAAGGGGAGAACCAAGGGGAGAACCAAGGGGAGAACCAAGGGGAGAACCAAGGGGAGAACCAAGGGGAGAACCAAGGGGAGAACCAAGGGGAGAACCAAGGGGAGAACCAAGGGGAGAACCAAGGGGAGAACCAAGGGGAGAACCAAGGGGAGAACCAAGAGCCGAAGCAGGCCUCUAGGCCCGGUGGGCAGGAAGAGGUGCGGGGGUGUCUUGGCGUGCCAGUGCUGCGCCGCCCCGCCCCUCCCAGCACUAACCGGGAAACACGUGGGGAAGAGAACGGGAUCAAGGGGGACCAAGGGGGAGGAGAGGUGGGGUGGUAG